CAUAAACAUCACGACCUGUAGCAAGCAGAAUGCCACUGUCAUGAACUGCACAACCCUGCGGUUUGUUGGUCGCCGUGCUGGGCAAAUCGCAAGUCGGUCGCUCGGCCGGGCGUGGGCAUCAAGUUUGGAUUCCAAGUCAGUUGCGGCGUUCACCGAACUUGAGCAUCGCAACUGGCAAAAGGCUGUUUCUGCCUAUGAUAAAGGUUUUGGAGCCUUGACAAGGCAGUGCAUACCAGAACUGCUUAAGGCUGUGCAAUGUGGCACAGGGAGCCAACUUUUGGACGUUGCAACAGGGCCUGGUUUUGUGGCCGAAGCUGCAGCCAAAGCUGGAGCAUCUGUCGUGGCAGUGGAUUUUUCUCGAAAGAUGUUGGACUUGGCCACGCAGCGCCUUGCAGGCCAUGAUGUGAAGUUGCUGGAAGCGGAUGCAGCUUCUUUACCUUUUGAGCAGGAGUCGUUCGAUUCGGUUGCCUGCAGUUUUGGCGUGCUGCAUCUUCCCGUGCCAGAGGACUUUUUCGCAGAAUCUCUUCGCAUCUUGAAGCCUGGUGGCCGCUUGGGUUUCACUGUUUGGGCAGCGACCCCUGCAACUGAAGCCAUGGCGCUGGUGCACGAGGCAGUUCAAUUGCAUGGCAAUCCUAAUGUCCCCUUGCCCGAUGCACCUCCAUUCUUUCGCUUCGCGGAUGUCGACGACACAACAAGCACACUUCAGUCAGUAGGGUUUGCAGCCGUGGAAUGCAAACUGAUACCAAUGGUUUGGGAGUUCCAAGAUGCCGCGGAUGCGUUCAUCGCUUUUCGCGAUGGUACUGGCCGCACGGCUGCACUCCUCGCAGGCCAAACGAGCGAGCAGCUAAAAGCUAUUGAGGAACACAUUACCCGAGGCACCGAAGCCAAACGGACCGGCCCUGAAGGGAUAUGCCGCUUUCAAAUGCCAUGUGUUCUCACUAUGGCCAAAAAGGCACUAGUUUAACUUUGCAACUCAGUUCUGCAUCCAAAAGAA